GCGCAACGCGGAGCCCCGCCCGGGCCGCCCGCGGCUCCGUUUCUGGUGUUCCCCACAGGGCGCGCGUUUUGGGGAGGCAGCAACGAAAAGUGCCCACCCCCCGAACCCGCAAAGGCCGCGAGCCGAACGAGCGACGCUUAGGUCGUCCCGCUUGCCCCGUGCUGCUCUAAGCAACCUGCCUCUUAUUAUUAUUAUUAUUAUUAUUAUUAUUAUUUUUCACUGGGGCUCGGUGUUUUCGCAGCGUUAACCUCCCCCGGGGGAGCGACGCGCAGCCCAUGGAGCCGCGAGGGAUUGUCAAAGCCUUUCCCAAGAGGAAGAGGAUGAGGGAUGACUCGGGCAGAAGCAUCCCUCCAAAGGUCACCAAAGAGGAAGGAGCAGGGGUGCCCCAGGCAGAGUGGCUGAAACCAGUUACUGCAUAUGUACUGCGAGCUGGCAUUGGCCAAGCCAGGGCAGAGAUCUUCUGCAAGCAAAUCGUCCAGAAUGGGGGUCGGAUCCACAACCAGCUCUCCUCAGAGGUGACGCAUGUUGUUGUGGCCGAAGACAUGAACUGUGAUCGGGCCUUUCGGCUCCUUAAAUUACCCAAGCUACCUUCAGGGUUGCAGCUAGUGAAGGCAUCCUGGCUAAGUGCUUGCAUUAGAGACCAGAAGCUGCUGAGUACCACGAGCUACAGCAUCUUUAUCCCUCACAGGUACCUGGAGGAAGGAGAACUGCAGGAACAGCAGCGGCAGAAGCGCCUCGCUAGCAAAGAGAUCCAGCCCCAGGCAGGGGAGGGAGCUGUGAAACCAAAGGCUGAAACACACCUGGAGGAUUCCUUGCCACAAACCCUGGGUGUCCUUGGACAGCAGCAGCCAGCUGAGAAAGUCUCUGAUGAUGAAGACAGUGAAGGAGAUGAUGCUGGUGUCACCCAGGGAGAUCUGGAAGCACUGAUUUCUGGCUGCUAUCCUGUGAAAUCGGAGGAGACUAGUGACAGCUCUUCCAUGGUGGUCCAGCCUGCCAGCAAGUGGGUUUGUGCUCAGUCCUCCAAGAGCAAGAAGGAGAACCACAACCAGUGUAUCACAGAGAAGCUGGAAGUGCUGGCAAAGGCUUAUUCUGUCCAGGGCGACAAGUGGAGAUCUCUGGGCUACUCCAAAGCCAUCAAUGCACUCAAGAGCUACCACAAACCAGUCACCUCCUACCAGGAAGCCUGUAAAAUUCCUGGAAUUGGGAAGCGGAUGGCAGAGAAGAUUUUGGAGAUCUUAGAGAGUGGACAUCUACGCAAGCUGGAUCACAUCAGCGAGAAUGUACCUGUGUUGGAGUUGUUCUCCAAUAUUUGGGGAGCAGGGGUCAAAACAGCCCAGAUAUGGUACCAGCAGGGUUUCCGGACGCUGGAUGAUAUCCGCACCAAGGCAUCUCUCACCAGUCCGCAAGCUGUGGGACUGAAGCACUACGCAGAUUUCCUGGAGCGCAUGCCUCGAGAGGAAGCUGCAGAAAUAGAACGGACUGUCAGACAAGCAGCCCUGGCCCUGAACCCUGGCCUUGUGUGUGUGGCAUGUGGCUCCUACCGCCGGGGGAAGCCCACCUGUGGAGAUGUGGAUGUGCUGGUCACUCAUCCUGAUGGGCAGUCUCACUGUGGGGUGUUCAGCAAGCUGCUCGACAGCCUCCACAGGAGUGGCUUCCUCACAGAUGACUUGGUGAGCCAGGAGGACAGUGGCAAUCAAAAGAAGUACUUGGGGGUGUGUCGUCUCCCUGGGCCAGCCCAGCGUCAUCGGCGCCUGGACAUCAUCGUGGUGCCUUACAGCGAGUUUGCCUGUGCCCUGCUCUACUUCACCGGCUCAGCUCACUUCAACCGCUCCAUGCGGGCCCUGGCCAAGACCAAGGGCAUGAGUCUGUCGGAGCAUGCCCUCAGCUCGGCCGUGGUGCGAGGCCGUGGUGGGGUCAAGGUGGGGUCUGGCCAUAUCCUGCCUACCCCUACUGAAAGAGACGUCUUUAUUCAGCUGGGGCUGCCUUACCGGGAGCCCUCAGAACGGGACUGGUGACACGCGAUUGUCACGCAGCACCCUGUCCCUACUGUGAGACGGGAAGGAUGUUUGGAAGGAUGCUAACUUCCCUGGUGCUGCGCUGUGGUGACUGCUGGUUGUAUCCCCACCCCCCAAAAGGGGCUCCUCACUAGUGUGGAGCCUUGCUGCUAGCAGAGUUUUGUGACUUUACCCAGCAGAGGGCGUGGGCUGGGACCGUGCUGGAAGUGCUGCCUUAUGCUACAUGCACGCUUCGGGAUGCCAGGCUCUCAGACAGAGCCUGGCUACCAGAGACUUGCUGCCCUUCAGCUACCCUAGCGCAACUCUGCCGUGUAUCCUCAGGAAAGCCUCAGAAGGCUGGGCUGGAGAGUCUUGAGAUCUAAUCCUUCUCGGUGCAUGGGAACGGAGGAAGUCGGAUUCAUCUUUCUCUAUGCCUGAAUGUAGCCACUCAAAAAUUUCUGGCCUGAGCCAUGUAUAAAGGCAACAGGGAUCUGGCCUGGUCUUGAAGCAGGCCUUCCCCUUACUCAGUGCUCCUGGCAGCUGCUACUGCAGGGAUCGCAAAGCUUCUCCUCCCUCUGUCUGAGCUGGCUUGUGUCUUCUGGGGGGUCUCACUGCAUGAGCUGGGCUGCCGUGACAGCCACCAGCCUCCCCUGGUCCUAGGUGGGGGUGGUGUAGGGCUUUGGUGUGCUGUGCCUGCAUUCUCCCAGCCCAACGUCUGCUGGAAAUCUCUGCUGCAGAGAGCUGUGAUCCCCCUGUAUAGGCCCAAGGCCUCUGCAGUUGCCCCUUUCCUCUCAGUGCAGGUGGGAAAAUACGAACCUUAGGCUCAAGGUAGCUUGUGCUCUGGAAGGGUUUGAAUGUAACAGCACUGAAUGUAGCCUGGCAGGGCUGUGUAUUUUGGGUGUGUGAGGCACGGAGGCAAUGGGAGGCAGAGAGGAGCAGAUUGUUCUAAUUUGGGCAAAGUUUACUUAUUUUGUGCGUCUGGAGCCCAGGAAGUCACCUAUUCUUUCUUGAUCAGAGAAGGGGUGUGUGUGUGUGCGUGUGUUUGUAGGUGUGUGCGCAUAAAUUUACCUGUGUGCUAACCCCUUUGAUUCCAAGGGAGUUGAUUUUAUUUCUCAGAAAACCUCAACUAUUUUUAUCGUCUGGAGAUGAAUUUCCUAGAUAUUUUCAGUGCUCAGUCUGUGUUGCGGGUGUUGCAGUGGUUCCUCCUGGCAGAGGUGCUGCUCUGAGGUGUUGGCUGCCAGGGUGAGUGUUUCUGUGGUGGGACCUGCAGGGUUCCUGCUGGCCUUUCUCCACCAGGGCCUGGCCUUGGCCUCCUGCUCCCUUGCUUUGUGGGGCACUGGGCCAUCACUGCCCUGUACUCUGCUGUGUCUGUCACAUGCAGUGAUAAGCUGUGAGUUUGUUGCGAGGGCAUGCAUUAAACCUGGCGGUUUUGCUCAGUUUCCCUCAGUACUGCCUGUUGGUGCUGUAGGACACCAGCAGUGGGGCUGGGAUGUUUGCGGGGGAGGCCUCAACCCCAGGCAGUGUCUUUUGUCAGCCCAAUCGCUCUCCCGAAUAUCUGAUGGAAAUGAAUGUCUUUUGGCAUGUUGUGGUGCUUUGAAAAUGGAAGUAUAAUAAAUUCCUUUUUCUUUUUAUGCUUGACA